AUGGCGAAUGGACUUGCGGGCAAGGCCCAAGAGGUCGCAAAGGAGGACUACGACAAGGCUCGAGUUCUUCUCAACCAUGCCGCGAAGAGCGGGUCCUACUUGUAUCCCAUCAAGCUUGCUGUCAUGGCCUUCGUCAACGGGCCGCUUGCCGUUCUCACAACCGCUCUUCUAAUCCUGAAUGAGAGCUCAACCAUCACUGGCAUCAUCUCCAAGAACUACCUGUUGCAGGAGGCUAUUAUGGAUACCUUUGAUGGCACUUUGAUGGCUAGGAACAACUCCAAGGUGGUCGCCGAAGGAAGAGAGCUGAAAGCGCGAGGUGAUUCUAUCCAGAGGCUCGGGAAGGCCCUCAAGAAGCCCUUCGCGCGUUUCAGUGUCAACGAAUUGAUCCGAUAUGUGAUGUAUCUGCCGCUGAAUUUCAUCCCUGGUACGGCUUCCAGUGCACCCGACCUUGCGUAUCCACGAAGAACGCUAACUUUGAUGACGCAGUCGUGGGUACCAUCGCAUUCAUCUUUCUGCGAGGGCGAUCUCGUGGCAACUCCGUUCAUGACCGGUUAUACUGGUUUCGGCGCUGCCCUCUGGGCGGCUGAUAUCGAGGCUAAGGAAAACGAGAUAGCCGGUAGCACGGCACCGGAUCUGCGGGAGGCGGCGAAGAGAGCCGAGUGA